AUGACUCUUCAACAAGAACUCUCGUCCGACUCCAUCUUCGACCCUCUUUCAUUCCCUUCAUCUGAAUCUAACCUGGAAAAUCCCUCGACAACCACUGCCACCCUGGAAGAUCAAACCUCCUCCUCGUCUUCUUUUUCUUCUUCUUACUCACCUUCAACACUGCUUCUGAAGGAAGAUGAGGAUCAGGAGGAUGACAAGGAGAGGGUUAUCAGACACCUCCUUGAAGCUUCCGAUGACGAGCUUGGGAUUCCGAACAGAGAAGUUGGAGUAGUUUAUGAUGGUGAUAUAGAUGGGUUUAACGGUGGAGAAGGGUUGUCUUUGUGUGAUGGUAUGUGGGAAUUAGAAGAUGAAGCUGCCAACUACUAUACCUUGUUGCAGUCUGAGCUUUUCAUGUAG